AUGGGAAAACCAACAUACAUUCUAUUAGUCAGACAUGGAGAGUCAGAGGGGAACUGUGAUAAGACAGUGAACGCAGUUGUUCCCAACCACAAAGUUGCAUUAACUCCCAGAGGUCACCAACAAGCAAAGGAAGCUGGAGAAGUGCUUCGAAACUUCUUACUACAACCAUGCUUCAAUAGCAAAUGUCCUAAUAACAAUAGAAAUCCUAGACUGGUAAUGUUCUAUACAUCGCCUUAUGUCAGGGCUCGUCAAACGUGCCAAAAUAUCAUCAACCAAAUCAAAGACGUUCCUGAAAUAUCAUACGAUAUCAAUGAAGAACCAAGAAUGAGAGAGCAAGACUUUGGUAACUUCCAAAGCACUCCUGAAGGAAUGGAGAAAAUAUGGACUGAAAGAGCUCAUUACGGUCAUUUCUUCUAUCGGAUUCCUCAUGGGGAAAGUGCGGCUGAUGUUUAUGAUCGUGUUGCAAGUUUCAAUGAGACUCUUUUCCGUCAGUUCCAACAAGAAGAUUUCCCUAAUGUUUUAGUUCUUGUUACACAUGGAAUAUGGGCACGGGUCUUCUUGAUGAAAUGGUUCAGGUGGAAAUACGAAGAGUUUGAAGCGUUGCGUAAUAUUCCUCAUUGCCAAUACUUAAUUAUGAAACGGAACGUUGAAACUCAUAAGUUCAGUCUUAAAACAAGGCUUUUGACAUGGGACGAUUUGGACGACGAAGAGAUGGAAGAAUUAAUUAAAAAAGAAACAGUGGACGAGGUAAGAUUCAACUCAAAGAAUAAAUUGGAGAAUCCUGAUGAUUUGGAUGUCACCUACAUUAUCCGAGCUCAAAGAGACGCAAUCAGAAAGGCAAGAUCUAAAGAUCAUCAAAUUAGAGAGGCAUUUAAUAGAGCUAUUUGUACUGAUCAUACCACUGCGUCACCUGCAACUCCCCUGAUUGAGGUGUUUGAAUCUCAAGGUGGAUUAGGUGUUGAUAAUCCAAAUACUCUUCGUAUUCUGAAGCAGUCUUGUCAUGAGCCACUUAUUAAUGGAAAUAAUGGACAAUCACUACCCCAAACCGGAACAGACAUGUCAACACUAAAUCAUAUAUUGUAUGGUAAGUUUGACCAAACGAAUCAAAGCACAUCAAACUCGGAGUUAGAUUUAAGCUGUGCGGCCAAUGCUGCAACUUUGUAA